AGAAAAGUAGAUGAAGCUUCAUUCAUACUGCUGCUGGCACAUCGAGCAAACCAGCAGGCUGAACAACAUGGACUUGGUAUAUGGUCCAUUGGGCCUGGGUGUAGUAGCAGGACUGGGCUGUGGGCUCCUGCUUGGUUGGCACCUUCGGGUUCACCUGGGCCCGAAAUCCAAAAGCCUGAGUACGGCGAUGGGGAACGGUUCUGGUGAAGCAACAGUGAUGGGAGAAGGAGGCGAGUUCAAGAUGAUACUGGUGGUUCGAAAUGACCUGAAGAUGGGUAAAGGGAAGGUCGCUGCCCAGUGCUCCCAUGCUGCUGUGUCGGCUUACAAGCAGGUUCAGCGCAGGAACCCCGAGCUCCUCAAACAGUGGGAGUACUGCGGCCAGCCCAAGGUGGUUGUGAAGGCCCCCGACGAGAACACCCUGAUCGACCUGCUGGGUCAUGCCAAAGAAGUGGGGCUUCCCAUCAGCCUAAUUCAGGACGCAGGAAGGACUCAAAUCGCCCCCGGAUCACGCACCGUGCUGGGUAUUGGUCCCGGCCCAGCUGAUCUGAUUGACAAAGUCACUGGACACUUGAAGCUCUACUAGUUUGGGCUACCAUGAGUUUAUAUUUUUACAAAAUAACAAUUGACUCAAAUACAUGUUAAACUACUUGAUUUUUGUUGUGCAGUUUUUGGCACUUACAUUGAUCACAUUUGUUGACUCUUGAAUACCAGUAACGGCUUGAUGUGUAUUACUCUACAGCAGGAGUAUUCAAUUAAAAUUCCAAAAGGUCCAGAUUGAGAAAAUCUCCUCGGGCAAAGGUCCGGAACAUGACAAU